AGCAUCAGGUCAUGAGAUUUUCUCGGAAGCAAAACCAUUCCACCAAAUUCAAGAAAUUCCACAAAAUUUAUCAUCAAGAAUUCAGCUUCCGGCGUAUAGAAGGAGAAACUGCAUGCAUAAGCGAGAAUAUCAACUCUGUUCCCAUAUUGGUAGGUUGUGUUCAUCUCACGUUUCCUUUAUUUGCCCUGUGUCGAUUUUAAGACACAUCAAGAACUCGAUGGAUGCGUUGAUGAGUGGUUUGUGUCGGAGAGAAACGGUGAUCGCAAGAAGGUAAGAGAGAGAUAUAGAAACAACAGAAGGAAAAGCAAAACUAGGGUUUCAAUGGGAAACACAUGCACGGGUCCAAAACUGAACCCUAAUGGGUUCCUUCAAUCAGUUAGUGCCGCUGUUUGGCGUAAUCAGAAACCAGACGAGAGCCUCGAGAGUAACAAGGACGAGAGCAGCAAGAAAAAGAGCGUUCAUGGCGGUGACAACGCUUCCUCCGCCUUGGAUCCAGCGACGGUGCCAACUCCUAGCACACCACCUCCCCCCGUGAAAAUGGCCAACGAAUGUAUCAACAACGAUGAGAAUCCAAAGCCUAAGAAAGAGGCACACAUGAAACGAAUGGCGAGCGCGGGUCUACAAAUAGACUCCGUGCUCGGGAGAAAAACAGAGAAUCUCAAGGAGAUAUAUAGCGUGGGGAGGAAGUUAGGUCAAGGGCAAUUCGGGACGACGUUUCUUUGCGUGGAUAAGAAGACAAACAAAGAACUCGCUUGCAAAACCAUCGCCAAGAGGAAACUCACGACCCCUGAGGAUAUAGAAGACGUGAGAAGAGAGAUUCAGAUCAUGCAUCAUUUGUCUGGACAUCCUAACGUGAUUCAGAUCGUUGGUGCUUAUGAAGACGCGGUAGGUGUUCAUGUCGUGAUGGAGAUUUGUGCAGGUGGAGAGCUGUUCGAUAGGAUCAUACAGAGAGGUCAUUACACCGAGAGAAAAGCUGCUGAGCUUGCAAGAACCAUCGUUGGUGUUAUUGAAGCUUGUCAUUCUCUUGGUGUCAUGCAUCGUGAUCUUAAGCCUGAGAACUUCUUGUUUGUUAGUGGAGAUGAAGAAGCUGCGCUCAAGACUAUAGACUUUGGUCUCUCUGUCUUCUUCAAACCAGGAGAAACAUUCAGUGAUGUAGUUGGGAGCCCUUACUAUGUGGCUCCAGAAGUUUUAAAGAAACAUUAUAGUCAUGAAUGUGAUGUUUGGAGUGCUGGAGUUAUUAUAUACAUCUUACUAAGUGGUGUCCCUCCGUUUUGGGAUGAAACGGAGCAAGGCAUAUUUGAGCAGGUUUUAAAAGGUGACCUUGACUUUGUAUCAGAACCAUGGCCCAGUGUAUCAGAAAGCGCAAAAGAUUUGGUUCGUCGGAUGCUGAUAAGAGACCCUAAGAAGCGAAUGACAGCUCAUGAAGUUCUCUGUCAUCCUUGGGCUAGAGUGGACGGUGUUGCUCUUGAUAAACCUCUUGAUUCUGCUGUUCUCAGUCGUUUGAAACAGUUUUCUGCCAUGAACAAGCUUAAGAAAAUUGCUAUCAAGGUGAUAGCAGAAAGCUUGUCAGAGGAAGAGAUAGCAGGGUUGAAGGAAAUGUUCAAGAUGAUAGAUACAGACAACAGUGGACACAUCACUCUCGAAGAACUCAAGAAGGGCUUGGACAGAGUUGGUGCUAACCUUAAAGAUUCAGAAAUAUUAGGAUUAAUGCAAGCAGCGGAUAUAGAUAACAGUGGGACCAUAGACUAUGGAGAGUUUAUAGCAGCGAUGGUGCAUUUAAACAAAAUACAAAAAGAAGACCAUUUGUUCACAGCGUUCUCUUAUUUUGAUAAAGAUGGAAGUGGUUAUAUAACCCGAGAAGAGCUCCAGCAAGGUUGCAAGCAAUUUGGCUUAGCGGAUGUUCAUCUAGACGACAUUAUAAGCGAAGUUGACAAGGACAAUGAUGGAAGAAUAGAUUACAGUGAGUUCGUGGAGAUGAUGCAAGACACUGGAUUUGGCAAAAUGGGUUUAAGGGUGAGUUGAAGAAACAAAACAAGCACCUCAAUUUCCACCAUUUUUUUCUAAUUAAAUUAUGUACAUUUGAUAAUUAUGCUUGAUCAUAGAGGUUUCAUAUUCAUUUUCUGUGUUAUAUUCUUAGUAGGUCAAAGUAAAACUACUCUAUAGAAUCUUGCAUGUAAAAUGUUCAGUCUGCUACUAUGAAAUUACUGUACAUAUGUUGUAGAUUUUUG